UAAACUGAAAAACCUUUAUUAUUGAAAAAUAGCUUUUUUUCACGAUUUAUUUCAUUUUAAAUUAUUUACAAAACAUAAAACAUUUCAAAAAAACAGAGUACAACACGUAUAGAAAUUUACGUAUAGAAACCGGUUUUAAGAAAUUAUGCUUUCAUUAGGAAGUAGGUGGUAUAGCGGAGAAAAUUACGGUACUUAUCGGACUACGACACAGUGGUGUAAACACAAGUAUACUAUGUUCUUCUGCUAUUGUUAACAAAUGAUAUUAAAAUUAUAUGUUUAACUAUGUCUAAUAAACAGAAACUUUUACAGAAUGCUGAUCAACGUACAAUAUAUACUCAAAUGAUGAAUUUAAAACUGAAAACAAUUUUCAAGAUGUUCUUAUAUUCUGCAAUAGUUCCAAUAAUUUUAUAUUGUUUUUUUUUAUACUUCUUAUAUUAUCAAGAGAACUUAGUAAAUGUACAAUUAGGAAUGGAAGAAAUGGAAGAAAAGAAUCCACUAUAUCGAGUAUAUGCGAGAAGCAACGACACUGGAUAUUUAAAACAUGUAUUUCUCGUAUUGGAACGUUUGGGAUUUAAACAAACCAACGAUGCAUUCAAUUGGGAUUUACUAUGGGCGCAUGACUAUCCAUUUAGAACUUUAAGUUCUACCUUAAAGAAAUUGAAAUCUUAUCAGCGCAUUAAUCAUUUUCCCGGUUGCGGAUAUAUCACGAAUAAGGUAGACUUAUCAACGACGGAAGGCCGCUAUAUUUUACCAGCAUUUAAAAUACCAGAACAAAACAACGCAUUUUUGCUAUAUGCUAAUCAACAUCCCGAGAAGAUAUUUGUACAAAAGUCGAAUGAUCAUCGUGGUAUCAGUAUAAAAAACGUGAGCGAAAUAAAUAUUACAGGAACUGGAUCUUUUGUACAAGAAUUUAUACAACGACCAUUUCUUGUAGAUGGGUACAAAUUUGAUAUUGGUGUAUACACUGUGAUCACAUCCGUCGAUCCUCUUAGAGUAUAUGUGUACAAAGGUGAUGUUCUCUUUAGAUUUUGUCCUGUGAAAUAUUAUCCAUUUGAUUCUGAAGUUUUAGACAAGUACGUAGUUGGCGAUGAUUACUUGCCAAUUUGGAAUGUUCCAUCUUUGAAACACUAUUACAGUAAACUGAAAUUUUCAAUGAAAGAUUCGUUUGACGCGUAUGUACGUUCGCAAGGAAAAAAUCCAAAAAAAGUUUGGAAUGGUGUAUACGAAGCAAUAAGAGAGAUUACCUUGUCAAAAGAGAACUAUAUUAAAGAAGCUGUAAAACAUUUUGGAAAUGGUAGAAAUUUUUUCGAAUUGAUCAGAAUUGAUUUUGCUCUUGAUGAAGAUUUAAAUAUUUACACCAUGGAAGCAAAUAUGUCUCCAAAUUUAUCUUCAGCGCAUUAUCCUCCAAACCAAUUACUUUACGAACAAGUCAUAUUUAAUUUAUUUUCCUUAGUUGGCAUAGGACAAAGAAUGAGGAAAAAUUCUUUAAAACCAAGGAACAGAAUGGAAGAAAAAAUGGAAGUAGCUGACAAGAAUAUAAUGGUUUUGCCAGAACUUUGUAUAAAAUGUAAUGAUUGUUUUCGUGUAGAAUGUCAACUAUGUAGUCCUUGUUUUACACCUGAAAUUAAACUGAUUUUGUCUCAAAGUUACUUAGAACAUCAGAAUAAAAUGGAUUUUCAAAGAAUCUUUCCACCUUCUAUAACAAAAGAUAUGAUAUUAAAAGAUUACACAUUAAAAAAUCAGUUACUUGUCAGAUGGUACCAAGGCAAGUGUGAAUUAGAUCAUUCAUGGUGUUGACAACUACAUAUUUUUAGAAUUUAUUAAUUUAUAUGAUGCAUGUAUAUAAAAUAACCUACCAACUGUAUGAUUACUGACAUAUUAUAUUUUGUAUCAAAUCAAAAUAGAAACUAAAAUUUA